UUUAUUAAAUUUACAAAAAGAUAUAUUAAACAAAAUUGCAUAAUUCACAUUUUUAUACUCACACUGUCUUAUCCUCGUACUUACAAGUCACAAAAUGCAGUACUAUUUCAGUUCAUUAAUUUAAUCCACCUCACAUCCGAUAAAAGCUACAUAGGUAUCAUUAGUACAGAUAACUGAAUAAAAUAACUCGCCGAACUAACGCGGCAUUUACCUGAAAAUUCGAAUGUGUGAGUAAAACGCGCACUAAAUCAAAAUCAACCCACGGACGGUGUCAAUACUGCACACAAGCAUGAGAGAGCCAGACGAAUCAAUAAAUUACUAAUUGAGUUCAACCUAUCGGUACUUAAUUCUGUGUAUAACCUCACCGGUAGCCAUCGAGAGCGGCGAAAAAUAUGGCUGACGCAGCGUUCCGAAAAUCUGAAUAAAACUGUUGCAUGUCGGAAGCAUUCGGCAACAAGGCGAAACCGACAAGGAAGGAGAGGUCGAAUCUAGGACAUCGAGGCCCCGUACCUAGUGCUCAUGUCAUAAUUUAUUGGGUUUCGACACAUGCGCGAAUAUAUUGACCUAUAAAAAUGCACCGGGAAUAGCCCUGGAGGAGCUACCUACGCCAUAAAUGCAACAGUCCUGGCUGCAACAAGUCGCCUCCGCGGCGCUCCGCUCGGAAUAUUAAAAUAUUUCAAUUUCGGUUAAAUCGGAUAGAAUCGUGCUCGAGUGUUAAUCAAUUGUGAACAAUAAAUUGAAAUGAGUGUUUUUAGUCGAAAAUUUUGAUUUUUGGUGAUUUUUUUAAUCGCGUUUUUUUUUUAAAGUGCGGCCCGGGCCGCCGCCCGGCGAGCAUGUUGAAAAAAGCGUGCAGCGCGCAGCUCACGAAGCCCGAAUCCAGCCAGAGCAUCGAGGACAACGACACAGACGGGAUCUAUUUCAACUUCAGCCGAUUUGGACCUUGCCGCGAUGAGUCAUUGGACAGUGACGGUUGUUGUGAAGCUGCAGGUUGUACUAUUACGGUCAACGCCGAAUGCAAUGUCUCUAGUAGGACAUGGCGCGGAUCCGCAAGUGAUGUUGGUGCAGAUGCAAAUAUGGAGCUUGUCCGUGCACCCUCGUGUCCUGGGUGUCGGGCACCCAUCGCGUCCCUUGAUUGUAUGGACGACUUCAGUGCAAAUUCACAACAGAUGUUGGAUCAAGCUGGUGAAAUAAACGUGUCUCGGCACAUUUCAACUUAUAUGGGAAAUCACUCCGCCAUGCCAUCGGUGGUGACUCCAGGACUGCGUUACAAGAACUUAGGAAAGUCGGGACUAAGGGUGCCUAACAUCGGCCUGGGGAUAUGGAAUAUGCUAAAUGAAGAUUGCGCUGAAGACGUCAUAAUGACAGCCCUGGAGAAUGGCAUCAACCUUUUUGAUUUAUCUGAAGCACAUUGCGCUAAGGGGGAAGCCGAAUUAGGCAAAAUAUUAAAGAAACGGAACGUGAGGAGAACAAGCGUUAUAAUUACCACCAAAAUAUACUGGAGUACCAAGUUUGCUCAUACUAAUAACAGGUCAGAUGAAAGAGGCCUCUCUCGUAAACAUAUUGUCGAAAGUGUCAAGGCAUCUCUGGCACGGCUUCAAGUUGAAUAUAUUGACGUAGUCCUCCUGCACAAGGUAGACCCUGUGUGCCCCAUGGAAGAACUUGUUCGCGCAAUGAACUUCGUGAUAAAUCAAGGGUGGGUGAUGUAUUGGGGAACCGCCCGCUGGUCCCCUUCAGAGAUCAUGGAUGCCUACACCAACUGCAGACAGUUCAAUUGCAUAACACCUAUAGUGGAGCAAACUGAAUAUCACAUGUUCUGCAGAGAAAAGCCCGAGCUUUACAUGCCGGAGUUAUAUCACAAAAUUGGUGUCGGCAUGAUGGCAUGGUCUGCCAUUACAACUGGCAAAGGAUUGGGACGCGAAGAAAUCACCGGCUUAUUCGCAAAAUCACGCUUUAACAGGAAAUAUAGCACCUUUAGCUGGUGCGAAGAGGAUUUAGCUGUACCUGAGAUGCGUUUAUCGGGUAGCAAAGAACAGGUGAAUGGGGAAGAGCCACGCACAUACGGCGACAAACUACGUGAUCUCUCCAACCUGGCUAACUCCCUAAAUUGCUCCAUGAGCCAGUUGGCUGUGGCCUGGUGCCUGAAAAAUGAAUCAGUGAACUGUCUCCUUUUGGGAGCAACCAGCGUCGAGCAGUUCAAAGAGAACAUUCACGCUCUGCAGAUCGUACCUCAACUGACUCCAGUUGUGAUGGUGGAAAUAGAGCGCCUGCUGUCGAACAAGCCGCAACGCCCGCCUAUGGUAUCCACUCUAGCGAUGCGCAACCAACAGAACAAUAACACCGUGCGAGUUGACAUGACGGGUGCCACCACAUCUGGAGCCGGCUCACCGAAGCCUGAAGGUGAGGCCGCUGAGGUCGAAGCUUCCACCCCCGGUAAGGAGUCCGGGCGUGGCUUUUGUGAGAUUCAGUGACCGUGGUGGCGCGGAAGCACUGACUCUGCUUCCAAAUCUAGCAAAUCAAAGGAAUCUCUAAAAGACAAGGAUAAGGACAAGGAAUCAAAACCGAAAUUCUUCUUGAACAACGCCGGGGAAGUGAUUAAACGUACUGAGCAAGAUGGUGUAUCGACGGACGUUGUGGUGUCGGUGUCUUCGUUGAAAGGUAAGCAACCCGCCAGUGGCGGGAGCAAAGUGAAGAAGUCGAGGUCCGAGCCGGCUCGCCCGCGCUCCGCCUCCUUGCAGAGAUCGUCUUCAGGUCAGUUGUCCAUCGCUCGAGAGCGCAGAAAGUCACGCCUAGACUUGUCCUCGCCAGCAGACCUGUAAAGCAAAA